GCACAUCCGCGUCUGCGCUACAACCGGCGCGCGCGCACCCAAAACAUUUACACUACAACGAAGUGCGUGAAUUUAAAAACAAAAUUAAAUCAGUGACUGUGUUUGUUCCAAAGGUCGUUUUGGAUAUACGGAAAAAAUAAUUAGCGAUAACCGCCGGAUGCGUCAGCGAGGGCUGCGCGUGCGCAGAUGAAAUGGGGCCGGCGCGGAAGAAAGGCGUGCGCUCGCGUCUUGCCGACGAAAUCUAUACCUGCUGCGCGUUUUGGAUCGCCGUCUCUGCACUUCCGGCGCUAGCCAUCUCUUAUGUCGUGGUGAGAAUAAGCAAGCAUCUAUGGCUUAAACUGCUGUCUAGCCGCUAUCCUGGACUGGCCUUCAUUCGCACCGACACCGUGCGAUCUCUCCUCGACACCCACAGGAAUCAAGGGAUAAUCAAUGUUCUGCUAUCUAUCAAAGGACCACUAAACGUUGAUCACAUAAAGGCACAAUUGACUCAGCAUGUGACCGAUCGGCGAGACAAAAAUGGGGACCUGAUGUUCCCCCGACUUCGGCAUCGGUUGGUGUCGUGUUGGGGCAACUACGCCUGGGACGUCAACGUUCCUUUUAACCCUGAGAACCACUUCAUAGUCGCAAACUCUGUGUAUCGGGGACGACCUGUUUCUGACAACAAUAUUCAGGACUAUGUCAGCGAAAUCGUCUCGAAAUACUUCCCGCACGAUCAACCGCCCUGGCAAUACAUCGUCAUCCCCGUCGUCUCUAUUGAACCCAAAUUCUACGUAUUAGUUCGCGUUCAUCAUCUUUUGCUUAGUGGCCACAAAUCCAUCAACAUAGGAGACUUGUUAUUGGUUGAACAGAAUUCAAAUGAAACUGUGACCCAAACGGUCUAUAACCAACAAAGCCCUUUGGCCAAGUUGUUCCCUCAACCAUCAGCUAUACCAGAACUUUUGGGAAAGAUCAAUGAAAAUCUGUCUAACGCCUGGAAUGAGUUCAUAUCUGAGUAUGAUCCCGUAGAAAGUCCCCGAGCUCUCAAGACAUUACCUGGUGCUUUUCAUGUUGCUGGUUUGGUACUAAUUUCUGGAGCCAGUGCGCUAAGAGAACUGUCCAAAAAGAAAUCUAGUAAUUCUCCUUUAACAGCAACGACAUUAUUGGCUGCAGUGCAGAAAGAAUGCAAAAGACGAAACUUAACAAUACCCAAGAUUCUAGUUUCACCAUUCGUAACCGCAGACCCUCGAAAAUGGCCGCGUCGUGCGUUUAACGCUGCUGUGACUACGACCAGAACUGCUAUUAAACUUCCACUUCAACUCAGAGACGAGCUGAAGGCGUUCAAAGAACUAAAGAAUACCGGGCAGGUGAACCAUCCCAAUACAUUGACGUGGAAGUAUGGAGAACUAGCACAGUUGUGGGUUCGAGCAUCAAUGGAAGCAUGGAGAGGAUUAGUCGAAACAUACAGAGCUCCUGCUAAAUUAUGGGAGGACACUGUUAGAGCUGACGAUGGCCACAGACAUUUGUUGCAAACGGUCAACUUAUGCGGCAGAAAGGUAGCAGCUUGGUCUCGUCCGAUAUCAAGAACAAGCAUGGAACGCGCUGCUGAAGCUCUUGGCGUAUCUUCGACAGAUAUCGCACUCUUCGGGGCAACAGAAGCUCUGCGUUCCUUUUUCGAACAUUCCCAAACCCCUCCACCAGAGAUUAUCUUAACGACAGCUAGAGCUGCUUCGGAAGACUUUUUGUUCACUUUCGCUGAGGGUCAAGGAAAAGAUUACAAGAAAUCGGUAACAGGAGGCAUGGUCUGUCUCUCUCUGCCAGUUGGAGGCACACCACGUCGUAUAGCUUCUGCAGUUGAACAUGCCUGCAACCGUCAAGGUGCUCUAGUCACAGCAUGGGUAGCGCAAGCCCGGUGUGGUGCCCUUACACGAGCUGUGCCUUCGCCUUUCGCCAGAUUAACAUUGAAUCUGUUAUCGCGGAGGUACGCAGUGUCGUACGCUGAGAUCAACGCACCUGUUAACGCUCGAGAAAGGAAGACAUUGUGGGGACAAAUUGUGGAGUAUGUCGUGUAUUGGAGACCACCACAAGCGAACAUCAGUAUGUCGCUAACAGUAAUACAAUACGCAGACACAGUGCGACUCGCAGUAAUGACAGACGCCCGUCUCUCUCCCGCACAUACCGUCCCCGCUAAUCGCUGGCCCAUAGCGGUCGAACAACUAGUUAACAAAAUUGACCAGGAAAUCGCUAGAAUCACCGCGCAAGCAAAUAUCCCACAAAUUAUUACGCCAUGUGAUACACAGGAUCGUUCAGACAAAGCUGAAAGCCAGUCGAAUGUUGGCCAGGUGUCUUCGAGCUCGCUCAAGCCCCCGUCUAUUACCGUAGUCAGUCCACCGCCAAUGAGAAGACACAAAUCACAACAUUAGUCUCAAAAUCGGUAUGUUAGUAGUUAUGUGAUAACUUAUAUUUCGUUUGUACAAACAUUGCUUCAAUGUUUACGCCUGGUGUAAAGGGGAAUCGCCUAAGUAAUAAAGAAAAAGUUAUGGUUAUCAGCUGAAAAACGAUUAGCGAUGGACCUGGGCAUUCCCAAGCAACCCAGGUACGGUGUUGACUCAGGGCAACGGCUUCUCCCAUAAUGGUAGUAGUAGGUCCACCUGUGGCAAGCUGUGUCAAGUGGUCAAUUUUAUCUAUAUACAUCGAGUAUAUAAUCAGAAAUAGAGACGAAAUGUCAUUUAAUUUGUUCUGCCAUAUCAUUACAUUGACUACUACGCUCCGAUUGGCCAGCCCGAAUUCGAAACAAUUGACAGGUGUUGUCUGUGUGUCGUCAAUUGCUUCACUUCAAAUCGACCAGUUAACUUGAGCUUUGCUAUAAUGGACGAAAAUUGCAAAAUUAUUAUCUAUAUAUAGGCUAUUGCUAAAUAUAUUAUCUUUAUUACAAUAAAUACAGCAUAUUCUUGGAAUAUACAGUGCAAAACGAGAGUUGAUAUUUAUAAGUGAUAAGUUACCAGGAAUGUAUGACCCUUAUUUCGUCUCUAUUUCUGGUUAUUUACUCGAUGUCUAUAUACCUACGUCGGAGAGUUCUUAUCUGCAAAUUUUACAAAACUCAACAUUGUGUACAAAGUCAGUGCACUCAAUUGUUUUCAGCUUUAAUUUCCAGUGCUGCGUAAAUUGAUUGGCUUAUGGUUGAUUUUUGUCAAAUGUGUUGAUUUUUUUGGAGCACCCGUGAACAUAUUUAUAAAUAAAAUGUACCACUUUAAAUGUGUAGAAAUUGUUGGGUAGUUGAAAGUUCAGAUCACAUCAGAUCUUUUAGCAGCGAUGCAAACGCUUUGCAGUAGCUAAUCGUCUACCUUUAGGUACACAAGCGAAGCAAACGCGCGAUUGCAUCGAUGCAAUCGCCUUUAAAUCGCA